AAGCUUUGGUUGCGAAGGAAGUCUAGAUACAGGACACACGCAUUGCUGCUUUGAGCUCCAAGCAGACAAGCAUAGCGGCGGCGCCUUUGCAACCCCCUGAUGAACCAUGAAUGGCUGGCGUUGGGUCCGAGGAUAACAGAACAUAACAUAAGACAACAUAAUCUAACAUGAUACAACAUAACAUGAUACAAUACAACAAUAACAGUGAGGAUGAUCACAGAGAACGACGGCCCAACCAUGAGGAAUGGAGCUACAUAUAAAGCUAGUCAACAGCAUCUCGUUCAUCGCUUUAAGGAAACUUAGAAACAGAUUAUUCAGUCACCAACACCAAAUUACGAGUGACUAUGGCAAGUCGGACGUCUAGUGGCAGGAGAUGGUACCAAGGCGUGCAUCAUUCACAACCACAGCAACCCCGGCAACAGAACGAGCAACGGCACCAGCAAAGCCCGCCACAACAACAGCAACAACAUCAACAGCAACAACAUCAACAGCAACAACAUCAACAGCAACAACAUCAACAGCAACAACAUCAACAGCAACAAUAUCAACAGCAGCAACAGCAACAGCAGCAACAGCAAAGCCAGGGCGGGUUUUCUAGGGAUCAGCAGAAUCAAUUAGAUCGCCAGACCAUGCAGAUUUUCAAGAUGACGGUGGCAUCGGUGACGCAGUGUCUGCAAAAUACCGUUAAUGACGAUAACUUCAUGAGGGGAUUUCGAGCUCGCAUGGUAGGCCCCAAAGGCGUGCGCGGUCUUCUUGACAAGCAAGGACCGACGGAACACGCUACACCCGGCUUGGACAGGCUAGAAAAACAGUUCAGGGCUGGGGUUGGAUUGAUGGAAAAGCAGGGUGGGCAGGCGGAAUCUGUGUUGAAGGCCAUGGAGGAACUGGUAGCCCUGUUGGGUCGAAAAAUAGACAGCUGGGAGGCUGUGCUCAGCGGUUUCGCGGCAUCAUUUGCUGCUGACCAAAAAGAUGGGAAGAGAGGGAAAACGAAAACGCAAGCCAGUGACACCACUCAAAGGAGGUCAGGGCGUAUUGCAAAGCAACGCACGCAGGGCGGGAAACGCGUUAGGUGACGGCGGCGCACUGGCGUUUUUGGAGGUCUUGAAUGAGUGGUACACGUAUCGCCCUUUACAGUACAGAAGACAAGGAUGAUAAGCAAAUCGACCCACUGUUCGAACGAUCUCGUAGUCCGCAUGGAAGUCUGUAUUCAACUGGACGUUUUCCGUUGCAGGUCACGCCAGGCACGGGCUGAACAUUAGUAAAACUCAAGAUCCAUCUUGUUCUUCAUUGGCGCUCCUCCCCGUUCUUCGUCUAGCCAUUGCUUGCGACAUGUUUCCUCGCGA